GUCCGCAGAGCGAUAGCCGUCAGUCCGAGAACAGUACCUAACCCGGGUUAGCUCUCUGAUCCUAGCCCGGCCCGCAUGGACGGCCGACGGGGGCGCGUGCACUGCGCGCGACAGACCCUCCAGCUGUGAGGCUGCGGUCCAGGUGCGUGGAAGGAGUAGUCCGUGCACGUUCCUGGCGCGUGUUUAAAAAUGAAUCAUCAGAGCGGAGCUAACGGCUAACGGCAGGAUGCAGAGCUGCAGGUAACGUUAUUUACACGCGCGCUCACUUACAGGGACGCGGGGACUACUGUGUGACGUCAUGGACUCCCUUCUGGACUUUGAGGAUUGCGUCAAAGACUCACCUGAAUUCAGACUGACUCUGGAUCAGUUUGAAGCAGAUGUUUCACAGCUGGAGACACAACUCGACAAGGUGAUGAAGCUGUGUGGGAAGAUGGUGGAAGCAGGACAAGCGUACAGCACAGCCAAUCAACUGCUCCUGAGCGGCCUGGCUGAGCUGUGCACCAAUCAGACGAAGGACGGCGUGAUCACAACCUGCCUGAACCAGUUCAACCAGGGUCUGCAGGAGAUGGUCAGCUUCCACACUAUGCUGUUUGAUCAGACGCAGAGAGCCAUCGGUCAGCAGCUCACCAACCUCUGCACACAGUUCCUGCCCCAGAUGGCGGAGACCAGAAGGGAGUUUGUUCGGAUCGGUGAGGAUCUGGAGACGGCCGCGGCGAAGAAUGCUCAGGUGUCUCGACACAAAGCCACAGAUGCCGAGCGGGCGAGUCACCUGCUGCUCGCUACGCGCAAAUGCUACCAGCACUUUGCACUGGAUUACUGUCUGCAGCUCAACACCUUCAAGACUCAGCAGAAGGUCGACAUGUUAAACUCUAUGUUCUCCUUCGUCCACGCUCAGUUCACUUUCUUCCAUCAGGGCUUUGACCUGCUCAGAGACCUGGAGCCCACCAUGAAAACCAUGGCAGCGCAGCUGUCGCAGCUUUCUGCAAACUGUGCAGCCAAGAGGAAGGAGCUGGAGAACAGACACCUGUUGGUCCAGCAGAGAGAUGCUUCAGGUGAGCCGAUGGUCAGCCCGUGUCCUGGCAGUGAUGACAUCAUUCAGGGUUACCUGUUCAAACGCUCGAGGAGGAAAUCUAAAACCUGGAAGAGAUGCUGGUUCACCAUCAGAGACAACCAGCUCAUUUAUAGGAAGUCCCACAAGGAGGAAGCCGUGGUGCUGUUUGAGGAUCUGCGACUGUGUGCCGUCAAAUCUCUGGAUCACGUGGACCGACGCUUCUGCUUCGAGCUGCUCUCUGUCCAGAAGUGUUGUGCCCUGCAGGCUGACUCGGAGCAGUUGAAGCAGGCCUGGCUCAGCGCUGUGCAGGGCAGCAUCGACCUCGCCUACAGAGAGAGGACCGACACUCAGCUCACGCAGCCUAAGGCGCUCCCCCCACUCCAGUGCGGCGGGGAUGCUGCUCCAGGCCCUCCUGCCCAGAGGCCGGCGGCGUUAGGCGUGGCCCUGAGGGUCCCUGGAAACCAGCUGUGCUGUGACUGCGGGGAGGAGGAGCCUCGCUGGGCCUCCAUCAACCUCGGAGUCACCAUGUGCAUCGAGUGCUCCGGCAUACACCGGAGUCUCGGCGUCCACCUGUCUAAGGUGCGGUCUCUCACUCUGGACUCCUGGGAGGCCGAGCAGCUGAAGCUGCUGUGUGUUCUGGGAAACGAUGUGAUGAACCAGAUCUACGAGGCACAAUGUUCAGAGGAGGGACGAGUCAAACCCCGAGCCGACAGCCCACGAGCAGAGAAGGAGGCGUGGAUCAAAGAGAAGUAUGUGGAGAAGAAGUUUGUUCAGAGCGGCGGCGCUCAGCGCCAUAAGGACGCGGCCACAUUACGUCUGUAUCAGGCGUCUUUGGCGGGAGACCUGGUUGUCAUGGCGUCUGCAUUGGCUGAGGGGGCAGAGGUCAACGGGAGCAUCGGCGAAGAGGAGGGACGCACACCGCUGAUUGGAGCGGCGGUCGGGGGGUCGCUGUUAGCCUGUGAGUUCCUGCUCCAGAAUGGAGCAAACGUCAACCACAGAGACCUGAGAGGACAGGGGGCGCUGCACGCUGCUGCCACCGCUGGUCACACUGGACAGGUGUGCCUGCUGCUGAAGAGAGGAGCCAAUCAGUACGCAGUGGAUGAGAGAGGUCAGGACCCUCUGGCCAUCGCCGUGGAAACGGCCCACGCUGACAUCGUCACUCUGCUCCGGAUGGCCAGGAUGAAUGAGGAGAUGAGAGAUUCAGAGGGCGUCUUCGGAGCCGUGGGAGAUGACGAGACAUUUCAGGACAUCUUCAGGGACUUCAGCAACAUGGCGUCACAUGACCCGGAGAGACUGAGCCGGCGGCAGUUCAGCCGAGGAGGGGUGGAGGAGGAAGAGGAGGAGGAAGGAGGGCAGCCACCACAGUGCUGAAAAGACGGCGAGCUAAGGCGGGAGCAGUUUGGACAGAAAUGAACUGUAAUAACACACUUUAGAAUAUUCUGUGUCACAGCACAUGUAGGAGGAAGACCUCCGAGAUCAUCUUCUUGGACUAACGUGAUCUCAGGGACGCUCUCCCAGCAGAACGUUCCCGGAUGACUUCCUGUCUGAAACGUCUUCACGUAACCUUACUGUGGAUGGAAAACUGUUACUGAGGUUUAGAUAACCACGACUGCAGCUCUUAACAUUUCCACAGAUUAUUUAAUCUUAAACUAUUUUUAUUUAAAUAAUCAUGUCUUAAACCUCAUUCAGAUCCAGAUCUGAAGUUUGUCCUCAUUUACGCAGCUUUACUUCAGGAGUUUGUUACAGUUAGCGCCCCCUGCUGGGCUCAGUUAUCGUGAAGCACCUUCUCAAGACGGUCUUGGAAAAUUUCAUUAUGUCCACUAAAUUUCAAAGAGUACUUUGUGUCCAUGAUUCAAACAGCACUCGGGAAAUAAUUCCAGAUGUUUCCACCCCUGUGCCGACACCCUCACAACCCACUGAAAAAUAGGAAUCGCAGAUGCGAGCCAUCCACUGCGCCGGAUCGGCUCUCCAGGAAUUAAGUUGGUUUUGAAAGUUCUGAUGGUGCUUUCAGACCAAACUCCAACUGAUUGAGGGUUUUGGACCAUUUUGCCCUCUAACAGUCGACAGAGCUACAAAUGAUGGCUCGAGUCAAGUUACAGGAGUUGACUUGGUAGCACUUUAUAUUAAAGCUUGGUAAUAAUGUGGAAAUAAAAAGACAGUAACAUAUAAAACAUUUAAUAACCGUGUAAUUACUGAGGUAAUAACAUUAAUAUCUUAGUAUCAGUCGUGGUUUUUAGCCGAGUUUUAUUAGACUGAAAUUUAUGUGGAAACAAAUGUAAAAAUAAGGGGAGACCAGUUAGUAACAGUACAGUAAUAUUUUUAACCACCUUAUUUUAAUAUAGUGACUUUUAUGUUUUCACAUACUAGGACUCUAUGACUAAAUUAUAAUGAUGAAAUUAAUCCUAUAUCUGCCACUGUAAAUACAGAUGCAGAUAAAAUUAUACAGAUAAAAUUAGAAUAUCAUGAAAAAGUUGAUUUAUUUCAGUAAUUUAAUUCAAUAAGUGAAAAUUGAAUGAAUAUAAU